AUGUCCAGCCAAGCAGGCGAUCAAGAAAAGCAUCCACAGCCCUCCGAGGAUGGCACUCAGGACGACGAUGACCAGCACGAAGACGGCGGACCCAGGAAACGCCAGAGAGUGAGGCUCUCAUGCCUAGAGUGCCGUCGUCGCAAGCUGUCCUGCUCAAGAGACUUGCCUUGCGAUCGUUGUAUCAAAUCCGGCACACCGGAAAAGUGUACAUACGAGACUCGACCUGGCGGCGCGACUGUUGUCCCCAUCUCUGCUGCUGGUGUCGCCAAUGGAUCAAAUGUAGGAGUCGCUGGAGGUCGGACUGUCCCCGUCGACUUGACGCGCCCCGGCAUGCGGAGAGAACAAGACGUGCUCAAGGAUGCCGCCAAGGAUCACGACCGCAUCCGCAAACUGGAACUCGAAGUUGCGCAACUGCGAAGCGCCUUGGCAAAGCAGACAUCAGUAGACGGCACGACGAUAGCAGCGACGCCAUCAACGGCCAAGGAUGUCGUCGCCAAGGACAGCCCACUAGACAUUCCGGUGCCGUCGUUCCUUCGGCGGUGUAAGCCAGGCUCGGAUGGACUGGACUUCAAGUUUGUCAGAGGUCACAACUUCAAGACUAGAUUCUUUGGCCCGCACAACGCCUGGUCGUGCUUCCGGGAGUUGACAGGCUUGACGCCCUUUAUGAGGGAAACAGCAGAAGAAUGGCUACGUCCGCUCAACAUUGCCAACAAGGACCGCAAGAAGAGGGGCGAAAACCGGCAAAGAUUGUUCGAGGCACCAGACGCCGACCUCGAGGCCCUUGUACCAUCGAGAGAGGAGACCGAUUCCCUGGUGGCCGUCUACUUUGAUCAGUUUGAACAACUGCAUCGAAUCGUCCACGUGCCUACAUUCAAGCGCGACUAUGAAAAGUUCUGGGAACCGAACCCGACAAGGACUGGUGCCUUCACCGCGCUACUUCUGGCUGUACUCGCCACAUCAGCCUGUAUGGAUAUGCAGACGACGUCGAAAUAUGUCGGCGUCAAAUCAAAUGCCUUCCAAACGGCCGAACGAUGGACAAAAGCGUGUGAUGUGUGGUUGGCCAAGCAAAGCCACAAGCACAGAAAGAUGUUGCACUAUCAGGUGAUGUGCUUAUUAUAUCUUGCAAAAAGAGCCAACGUCAUAAAGAAGAAACAAUACUGGACGAAUUCUGGCUCCCUGCUGAGAGAAGGUAUCAUGGUCGGCUUACACCGCGACGGCGACGAGGUAUCGGGCAAAAUCACGCCUUACUACCGAGAAAUGCGCCGAAGGCUAUGGGCAACGAUUAUGGAGUUUGACCUCCAAGCAUCAUUUGACCAAGGCGUUCCCACCCUUCUGAGCCAACUGCCCAUUGAUGCAAAGGCCCCGCGCAACAUCGACGACGACGAGUUCGACGAAGAAACCGAGGAGCUGCCAACGCCCAAAAGCGCAAGCGAGUACACGUUUUCAUCCUACCAACACAUUGCCAGACAAAGCCUUCAGACGAGGCUGGAGCUCAACCGAGUCAUGACGGGUCCAAUGGUGGAUCUCGAUUGGGAUCGAGUCACUAGUUAUUGUGAGAUGAUCACGACUGAGAUUGACGGCCUGCCGCCAUGGGAUAACGAGGAGCUGAACAAGACCAAUGACUCCCGGAAGCCCGUGCUUGCACACACGCUGCUGCAUAUCCAGUUGCGGCAAUAUCUGAUCCCACUGCUUCAACCAUAUCUUAGACUGAGGCAACACAACUCAAAGUAUCAGUAUGCCGAAUUCAUGUACUACACAGCGGCUCGUGAUAUUGCCAUGAUGCACCAUCGGCUCUUCCAAAAGGGUAUCCGCACGCUCUACUAUCUACGGGAAGACAUUAUGCACGCGGCAAUAAGCCUCUGCAGCGUCUCGCUGCAUCAGCCCAAAGGCUCAACAAGCUUGGUCAUGUGCAACAUUGAGGAAACGCUCAAGCUCAUUGCGACCAUGAUAUCAAUCAAGGAGGACCGCAUCCUGCGCUGUGGCAACAAUGACCCGUGGGGCUACUCAUCCAUGUGCGCCGCGCUGGGUCUCCUCGAGACCCAUCUAGGCAAGAAGACGUUUGAGAAUGCCAAGGCGUCGGCAGCAGAACGCUUCAUCAGUCUGCACUACAAGCUACUGGCAUACCAGAUACCACCGUUUCCCGAUCCAGACGCCGAGGACGGGCAUGGUGGUGCCCCCGCUGGGCCCAUGUCUCGUGGUCCUGGUGGUCAGGACCAGCACCCGACGCCGGGGCGGCCCAAGCAGACGCCCCCUUGCUCUGCCGACGGCACACCCGUCAACUCGAUGCAGCUGGGCACGGCGCCGUACCACCGUGAUGGGCUUCCGCUGUCGAUGCCGUGGUUGCUGCCGCCGACGACUGAUGCGGCGCCCAUGAUGCCCAACCCAGAGCUCAACUCGGGACUGGAACUCAUUGGAAUGGAUUUGAAUGACUUAUGGAGCGGUAACGACUGGACUGGGAUGGACUUGAUGUAA